CCCGCGGCGCCCGGAGGGAGGGUGAUCGCCGCCGCCGUCCGCCGCACCGUCCCCAUCCCUCCCCCCCCCCGCAAACGUGGUCGUGGACGUGGACGUGGACGUGGGGGGGGGGGGGGGGGGGGAAGCCGCGCAACCCGGAAGCGGUUGGGACGGAAGUGGUGUUGUAUAAUCAGCUGAUGGUGAUGGCAGCGGUGGCUGUUAUUGUUCGGCGCUGAGAUCCAGCUCCCCCCCCCCCCCCCCCCCCGCCCCGGACCCUCGCCCUCCACACACAGCCGCGCCUUCUCACCCCCUCAGAGCCCGCACACGGUGGUCGUCCGUCCCGUCCCACCCCCCGGGCUCCUUCCACCCGGGCACGGAUCGGCACCCCCACCACUCAUACCCGGGGGCAGCAGCGCUCCGGCCGGGACCCCGCGGCCCACCGCCCCCCGCUCACCCCCACCCCCCGCAGCCUGCAGCAGGCGGCUCGGCCGGAUCCGCCCGCCUCCUCUCCCGCAGCCGGGCCAAUGCUGGAUCUGGAAGUGGUGCCCGAGCGGUCUCUGGGGAACGAACGAUGGGAAUUCGCUUUAGGAAUGCCAUUGGCUCAGGGUGUUGCUAUUCUCCAAAAGCACUGUCGCAUCAUCAAAAACGUACAGGUUCUCUACAGCGAGCAGUCACCGCUCAGCCAUGACCUCAUCCUUAAUCUGACUCAGGACGGAAUCAAACUACUUUUCGACGCUUAUAAUCAGAGACUAAAGGUGAUUGAAGUUUAUGACUUGAGUAAAGUUAAAUUGAAAUACUGUGGUGUACACUUCAACUCUCAGGCAAUAGCUCCAACCAUAGAGCAGAUUGACCAGUCAUUUGGAGCAACUCAUCCUGGAGUGUACAAUGCAGCUGAACAACUUUUUCAUCUCAACUUCCGAGGGCUUUCCUUCUCCUUUCAACUGGACUCCUGGAAAGAAGCUCCAAAAUUUGAGCCGAAAUUUGCUCACGGGCUGGCCUCCCUGCAGAUUCCUCAUGGUGCGACUGUGAAACGCAUGUACAUUUACACUGCAAACAGUCUACAGGACACAAAAGCUCCUAUGAUGCCACUGAGUUGUUUCUAUGGUAACGUGUAUGCAGAGACUGUUGAAGUAUUGAGAGAUCCAGUGGGACCCCUUGGCCUCCAAUUGCGACUACUAACAGCAGGUUGUGGCCCUGGCAUACUGGCAGACACAAAAAUGCAUACAUUUGAACGCUGUGUGUAUUUUGGGGAUUCCUGCCAGGAUGUGCUGAGUGCUUUAGGAUCUCCACACAAAGUUUUCUAUAAGUCAGAGGACAAGAUGAAGAUCCACUCUCCCUCCCCUCACAAGCAGGUCCCCUCCAAGUGCAAUGACUACUUUUUCAACUACUUUACUCUAGGAGUGGAUGUCCUGUUUGAUGCCACAACACAUCAGGUGAAGAAAUUUGUGCUUCAUACCAACUACCCAGGUCAUUACAACUUCAACAUAUACCAUCGCUGUGAUUUCAAGAUCCCACUGGCAGUUAAACGAGAUGAAAGCACUGAAGCACACUCACAGCAGUGUAUCGUCACCACAUACAGCAAGUGGGAUGCAAUUCAGGAGCUGCUUGGACACCCCAUGGAGAAGCCAGUGGUCCUUCAUAGAUCCUCUUCAGCAAACAACACAAACCCUUUUGGGUCAACUUUCUGCUUUGGACUGCAGCGCAUGAUAUUUGAGGUCAUGCAGAACAAUCACAUAGCGUCAGUAACGCUGUAUGGCCCUCCCAGGCCCAACAGCCAAUCUCAAAACACAGAGCUGAUCCAGUGAGCCUCUGCCUCAUUUGAACCAACCAGGACGCUACCGGUUCAGUACAGUGUGCCUUGGUUUGCUGUCACCAUUGUACAGAACAGCACGAUCUGAUCCACGCCAGCCUUGGCCACACGUGGAUGGGGGAGGGUUUCAGUUUGUCACCGACCUCAUCGCUGGCGAUGGGCCCCUGGCGAUGGGGUACGUAGCUCCAUGCUUGCAUCAUGCCAAUUCCUCUCUUCAGACGUACACCACAGACCAACACGGCCCAGUCCUGUCCUGCGUCUGUCAAGGAUGAGGAGACGGGCAGUGGAGCUGCAGACACAAGAAGCACAAGUUGUUGAGCCUCAAGGGCAGUGUUUCAGGUUUCUGUUAAUAGGUGUUACUGUUUGGUGUGAUACUCCAUACACUCAUAUUUCUGUGUCCGAGCACAGUAUGCAGAGACAGAAGUUUGUUCGUGAGUUCAGCCACAGCCUAUCUCUGUAGCUUAGACAGUAGCUUGUUUUAUAGAAAUUGUUAUAUCAUUGCACUACAUACACUUUAAUUACUUGAUUAAUGUGUUUUAUUCACUGAGGAGUGUCAGGGUAUAGUGCCAGCUAAUUGGGUGAGACUGGGGUGUGGAGAGGAGUCCAGUCCAUGCACACAGCCGGUCCCGCUGCUCGGUGGAGAAGUGGUGAUUUAUUCACUUCACCACUCAAUCGAAUCGAAAUGCAAUCCUCUGCCAUUUCUUGAAUUGCAUGUUAUUAAUUUGAUGCCAAAGACAUAUCUUCGACACGCUUGGUUUCAUCGUCUCUCAGCGCUAUUUCACAAGAUGGAACUGCACACCCCAGCAUCAGUGCUGGCCUUUGGCUGAUUUUGUCGGCCUACGGGAGAGAUUGCAUGCUACACAUGCUCAGUGUGGAGAUUCCUGCUGUUCACAGUAUUCUUGAGAAGUCCGUUCAUUCGUAGGAAGAUGUGAAGGUACUCGGGCUGUUCCCAUGUCAAAAUAGUGAAUGCUUUCCUUUUUUUUUAAUUAACUAAAUCUCUUGGCCAUGACACAUUUUUACAUCACAUGUUGUAGCAACUUGUAAUAAAUAGACAAAUUUUGUGUGUUUACACUGUGUGUACAAAUCUGUAAAUAAUACAUUUUGUAAUUUUAACAAAAUGUACAGGGAGUGCCUGUAUAGUCUAAUGCUGAACAAUGAGAAGGACGUAUUUUGAAUUGUAAUCAAUGUUUUGACUCUGGACCAGUAGCAGGGAUGUGUGAUGUGUGUUUUGGUGAUACUUCACAUUCUGUCUUCCUGUGUGAACUGUGAGAUUCCAGACUGUUAUCCCCAAUACACAUGGAUGUUUUUCAAAGACUAUUGUUACAGUUUACUUUCAAAGCUAUUGCUGUUCUCUUGUAGCUGUUGAUUCUUAACUAAACUGCUGAGUUUAGUGCUGUUUCCUGUGCUCUUUGCUUACCAUGGGAACUAUAUGUGCCUCUUCAUUCACUUUUUCUGCACCGUCCUGACUUUUCUUUUAAAAAGAAAUUACAAAAUGCUUGUGGGGAAGGGGAAAGAUGCACAUAAAGAGCAUGUAUUCUGCAACACAAAUAAAACAGACUCCAAUUCCCUGUUUGUGACAAUUUGAGUUGGCUGGUUCUUUUUUGAGAGUGCGGAGAAGAGCCCGUCAAUGGAUAAUGGUCACAUUUAGCAGAGCUCACACAGUUGGGUACCAUAUGUGGUGGCUUUAUGUACAGAGGCUAAUUUGUAUGUGAAUUUAUCCCAACCUAUCAUUCUUACAUGGUUAAAAUGCUUACCAGAGCCAUCACAUCACUCACAGCGCUACUCUCGAUGGAGCGGGUACACGUCGCAACAACCUUCAAGAGCAUUUUUGCUUAGUAAGAGAUAUUUACAAUGCAUUUGAAUAAACAUUAGCCAUCAAGCAUGGCAUCUGUUUCA